AUGACAGACAAGACAAAGCAAGAACUAGCUGAUCUGCAAGCACAAAUUAAUUAUCAUGAUGUACUGUAUCACCAGAAAAACAAGCCGGAAAUCACUGAUGCUGAAUACGAUGAAUUAAAGAAAAAAGUAGCUAAAACAAUAACAGGGUUUGAAGAUAGCGUUGGUGCCGAACCAGAUGAGAGGUUUGCUAAAGUAGAGCAUAUAGAACCUAUGCUUUCCAUUGACAAUGCUCAUGAUGAGCAAGGUGUAGAGAAAUUUUUAUCCAAGGUAAAAAGAUUUUUAAAUAUAGAUAGAGUAGAAACAAUAUGUGAGCCUAAGAUAGAUGGUCUAUCCUUUUCUGCAAUUUAUGACAAUGGAGUAUUUGUUAGAGCUGCAACUCGUGGUGAUGGUCAUGUAGGAGAGGAUGUAACCCAUAAUGUUGCAACUAUGCAGGACUUUCCUAAAUUUUUACAUAGCGCGGAAGGUAGGUUGGAAAUAAGAGGUGAAGUAUAUAUUACUAACAAAGAUUUUGUAAAGCUAAAUGUAAAAAAUACAUUUGCCAACCCACGUAAUGCAGCUGCAGGUUCUCUAAAGCAACUUGAUGCAAAUAUUACAGCUAGCAGGCCACUAAAAUAUUUUGCUUACUCUUUAAUAGGUGGAGCAUCAAAGAACCAGCACGAAGUAUUAAGUACUUUAAAAACACUUGGUUUUUGUGUAAAUGAAAAUCAACUUAUCACAAGUACUUUAGAGGAGANAUUGGUCCCGAUUAAUGUUGGUGGGGUGUUGGUGAGCAGAGCAAGCCUCCACAACCAAGAUGAAAUUAAGCGCAAAGAUAUCAGAGAAGGUGAUAUUGUCACCGUAAAACGUGCAGGGGAUGUAAUUCCCCAGAUAGAAGAGGUAGAUAAGAGUAUUCGCUCUGCAAAUGCACCUGAAUUUAUAUUCCCUGAAGCUUGUCCUGAAUGCGGGAGUAAAGUGCAGCGGCUAGAAGGACAAUCUGUGACACGAUGUUCUGGAGAGUUUAUAUGUAAAGCUCAAAUCAUAGGAAAGUUGAAACAUUUUGUAUCAAAAGAUGCAUUUGAUAUUGAUGGCUUUGGAGAAAGGCAAAUAGAGUUUUUCUAUAAAUGCGGUCUCAUAGGACAAAUUUACGAUAUUUUUACUCUGGAAGAAAAACUGAACAAGUUUGACAUAAAAGAAGAAAAAGGCUGGGGUGAGAAAUCAAUAGUUAAUUUUUUGACUUCUAUACGAAAUAGAAGAGUAGUAACCUUAGGUAGAUUUAUAUUUUCUUUAGGUAUCAGGUCCAUUGGCCAAGUUAUAGCAGAAUUGCUUGCAAAUUACUAUAUCUCGUAUAAAAAUUGGUACUUAUCUAUGAUGAAAUUGUCCUCAGAUGAAGAAGCUUUUUCUGAACUACUAGACAUAGAUAGCGUAGGAAAAGGGGUAGCAAGAUGCUUAGAGUUAUUCUUUUCCGAAAAACGUAAUACUGAAGUAUUAAAUAACCUUACUCCCCAUCUAACAAUUCUUUCUGUUGAUGUAAAUAAUAGUAACUCCAUCUUUAGUAAUAAAGUUAUAGCGUUUACUGGCACACUGACUAUGAGUAGAAAUGAAGCUAAAGCUAGAGCUAAAACCCUAGGAGCAAUAGUAAGCUCCAGCCUUUCCACUAAAACAGACUAUCUGGUUGUAGGGGAAAAUUCAGGAUCAAAAUACCAAAAAGCGCAGGAAUUGGGUGUGGAAAUUUUAAACGCGGAACAAUGGUACAAUCUGACACGUGUUUGAGUUGCUUUUUCAUAAAUUAAGUGGUAUAAUUUAUGUAAGUAGUAAAGGAGGAAUUAUGGGAGAAUAUUCUAUAGUUGAUUUAAUUGAAAAAUUGCAAGAAAAGUCAGACUAUGAAGGUAUCAUAGAAUUUUUGCAGAAAAAUGCUAAUUCAAUAUAUGAUAAUGGUGAAACUCCGUUGUAUUUUGCAAUGGGAGAUAAACCUUUGUGGUCUAGGUUAUCACCAGAAGAUAAGAAAUUACUCAUUGAAAAAUCAGAUGUUAAAUACAUCUAUAAUGGUCCAUCUGACAAAACAAAGCAAAAGGUAAGAAUAGAUAACUAUUUGCAUAUGGCUGCUAGAGCACAAGAUGAAGAUACUUUCGUAUCUAUUUGGAGGAAAAAUAUUGCUCUUGUAAUAAAGCGUAAUAGUGAUGGAAAUAAUCCGCUUCAUGAAGCAGCUACGAGUGGAAUUUUGUUGCCUACUAUAAGUAAAAUUCUCUCAGAAGAUCAAAAUAAAAUUAAAAAAGCAGAAGAAUUUCGAGACUUUCAAGCAUUAAAGAGCCUAAAAGAGAGUCUAGGGAAAAACUUAAAGUGUAUUAAGUAUGCAUUGCAGAGUAAAGAGUGUGCUUUGAAUGAUGAAGGAAAAACUCCUCUUUUUUAUUUAGAUCCAUUUCAAAAAAAGAAAAUUAAAGAAAUUGCAGGCAUAAAAGACAGUUUUAUAUGUAAUAAAAAACUACAUGCAAGUUUAUAUGUAGUAGGUGCCAUAAUCUGCGUUACUGCGUUAUGCUUAUCUUUAUACUUUCUAUUUCUAACUAAUGCAACUUUUGCAUUGAGUUCAAUCGCUUCAAUGUCUGUUGGUGGAACUGCAUUUUUAUCCCUAAGAGCAUGCAAUGAGGUCUUUAAAUUGUCUGAAGAGGGUGCAUUAAAUAAUGCUAUCACCACCAAUUAUACAACACAAGAAAUGGAAGUUUGCUAAAAUGACUAUAGGCUCCAAUGCAUGAAUGAACUUUUUAAAGGCCAUUGUCACCGGAAUGUUAGAAAACAAUAUAAUAAGAUCUUAAUAGCAAACAGAGGUGAAAUUGCCUGCAGGAUCAUAAGAACUGCUCAUAGAAUGGGUAUAUCUUGUGUUUGUAUAUACUCAGAUGCAGAUAUAAAUUCUGAGCAUGUUAUGCAAGCGGAUGAAUCAAGAUAUAUAGGUCCUUCACCUUCUUAUUUAAGUUAUUUAAAUAUCCAGAAAAUAUGUGAAGUUGCAGUCGAAACGAACGUGCAAGCAGUGCACCCGGGUUAUGGGUUUUUAGCAGAAAAUCCGGAUUUUCCACGCGCUCUUCAAAAAUACAACAUAGCCUUUAUUGGCCCAAGUGCAAAAACAAUAGAAGUCGCAUCUAAUAAAAUCACAGCUAAAGACGCUGCAAGAAAAGCUGGAGUCAAU